UGCAAAUGACUCAAUAUGCAGUGGAUGUGACUCUGGAUCCAGAUACAGCUCACCGUAAUCUUAUCCUGUCUGCUGAUAAGAAACAAGUGAAAUAUGGAACCACAGCAAAGCGCUACACUGAAAAUUCAAAGAGGUUUAGUAAAUGGUACAACGUCUUGGGAAAGCAGGGUUUCUCCUCUGGUAGAUUUUACUAUGAGGUGAACGUCAGUGGGAAGAUUGGGUGGUCAUUAGGAGUAGUCAGCGAAUCAACUGACAGAGUGUCAGAAAAGGCCAUGAGCCCUGUGAGUGGAUACUGGAUAAUAAGCAUGGAAGACACAGGGGAGGGCUCGAUUAAGCUGGGCCGAGGGGACCCCUCGGACCCAGCUGGGACUCUGCUUAGGUGGACAACAUACUCUCCAGGGGAAACUCUGGACCACAGAGUAAAAGAACCAAAAGAUCCAGAUACUCUGGAUCAAGAUGACUCUUUACUCCCAAUCAUUGACGGGAAGAGGGGCUCAGAGUUUGACAAACCUCCCCCUGUCCCCGACUGUGAAAUCAACUUUUACAGGGACUUCCCAGAAAGUCACUUGGAUGGUUAG